AUGUUUGCUGUGGUGGAAUUUAUGGGCGUUCAUGAUGAUGGAACAUCUAGAGAGAUUUCCAUUGUCCCAUUAAUAUGGUUGACAAAAAAUGAAAAGAAAUUCUACUGGCCCAACAGAAUUAGGCAGACGUCCACAUUUGAUGAGUUCGUCAAGAAAAAAAGUCCAUAUAAAAAGUCUUGGUCGAUAUAUGAGGUGUUCAAAGUCCACUUGAAAACAGACUCGUAUGAUAGAGCAGAAAAAGCUGUCGAAGAUAUGCUUCAAGAACUAACGAAGGAAAAUGAAUGUUUCAAUUCAAGCACAAGAAAUUUAAACAGAAAAUUAUUCCAGGAUAAAGACUGUAGCUCUGACUCAACGGACGAUUCGCCCCCCCCCCCCCCAAAAAAAAAUGCACACCAUAGGAACAAUUACCACAGCGUUAUCACCAAAAUCAAACGAUUCUGGUGGUGGACAAUCAGCCUCCUCAAGUCCUAGAAGUGAUCUGAGAUGUACUUCAUCACUAGGAUUAAGUAAUGUGGGACGACAAGAAUCAUCCUCCCCUAUAUCUACAUCUUCAAGAAACUCUGUUAUAUCAGAGACAAUGUCUUCCAGUGUCAAUCCAGAAUUUGAGAGAACUGUUUUGAGCUGUUUGACAAAACUCAAUGAAAACGUCG